AUGGAGGCCUCGGUUUAGGUCAAGAGAUCGUGCUUGAGAGGGAGACGGAAAUUUGAGGUGUUUUCUGUUAAUCUUAAUAUUUCCUUCCCGGAGUGAAGAAAAUGUCUUGCUGCGGUGGGAACUGCGGGUGUGGAGCUGGCUGCAAGUGCGGCAGCGCAUGUGGAGGAUGCAAGAUGUACCCUGACAUGGCUGAACAGGAGAGCACCACGACUCAAACCAUGAUCAUGGGGGUUGCACCUCAGAAGGGGCACCUUGAAGGGGUCGAGAUGGCGACCGGAUCCGAGAACGGUUGUAAGUGUGGAUCCAACUGCACCUGCGAUCCCUGCAACUGUAAAUGAGACACAAAGACCACAGAGAGAGAGGGAGGGAAUGAGUCCUGCUGCUGUAGUUUCUAGUAUCUGGGUGGUGUCCGUAGUUUGCGUCGGUGCUUAGAACCAGGGUGUUCGUGCUAAAAAUAAGCGGCCAUGGCUCUGCCUGACCCUCCUUUGGGUGGAUUGGUUGGUGCCAUGGCCGAGAACGAGUUUACCUCUCUCUUCCUCUCUCGUCUGUUUGUGUGGUUGUGGGUGUGUGUCCUGCUUCUAUCUCCCAUGUCGCGUUGCUUUACUAUGUUAAAAAAGAAGAAGAGAGCCCUUGUGCUCUGUGGUUAACGUAGCAGUGCGAGUUUGUCUUC